GCGGGGAAGUGCCGCCCGGCGGGGUCGCGGCGCCUGAAGCCCACGUGCGCUGCCGAGCCCGAGGUGGCUGACAGCAGAGUCCGCGGAGCCGCCGCCCGCGCUCCUCCCCGAGGAAAGGAUUUUGAUUUCAAAGAAAGGAAGGAAGGAAGGACAACUCCCAGCUCCCCCCUCCCGCCCUCCCCGCUCGGCGGUCGGGCCGGGCCAUGCCCAGGAAGGCGGCGGCGGCGGCCCAACCGAAGGGACUUUCCUGGCAGCCCGGCGACGAGGAGCGGGAUCUGUGAGUUCGCUCUGCCUCGGUUCAUGGUUCCGGCAAGCCCUCGGAGAGGCCGAACGCUGCAGCGCCUCCUCGCACCCCGAAGAGCCUCCUGCGUUCCCUUGCCCUCGGACCCACCCCGCGCCGCCCGGGCUCCGGCCGCCGCAGCCCAGUGCCCUCUGCCCGCGGCGGUGGAUGGCAUGAUGGUGCGGAGAAGGCACCGCGGCCUUGGCCAGCUGAGUCGCGACGGCCGCGGGGGCGGCGGCAGUGGCAGUGGCGGUGGUAGUGGGCUCCCCAGCGGCAUGCCAGUGCCCCCCGGGCGCGAUGGCUAGCGGCAGCGCUGGGAAGCCCACUGGCGAGGCGGCUUCUCCGGCUCCUGCGAGCGCCGUCGGCGGGGCCUGCUCGCAGCCGCGGAAGAGGCUGGUGACCGUCUGCGACCACUGCAAGGGCAAGAUGCAGCUGGUGGCCGAUCUGCUGCUGCUGUCGAGCGAGGCGCGGCCCGUGCUCUUCGAGGGCCCCGCCUCCUCUUGUGCCGGCACCGAGUCCUUCGAGCAGUGCCGGGACACCAUCAUCGCGCGCACCAAGGGGCUCUCCAUCCUCACCCACGACGUGCAGAGCCAGCUCAAUAUGGGCCGCUUCGGGGAGGCGGGGGACAGCCUGGUGGAGCUGGGCGACCUGGUGGUGUCGCUGACCGAGUGCUCUGCCCACGCGGCCUAUCUGGCGGCCGUGGCCACACCGGGCGCGCAGCCCGCGCAGCCCGGCCUGGUGGACCGCUACCGCGUGACGCGCUGCCGCCACGAGGUGGAGCAGGGCUGCGCCGUGCUGCGCGCCACGCCGCUGGCCGAUAUGACGCCGCAGCUGCUGCUGGAGGUAUCGCAGGGCCUGUCGCGCAACCUCAAGUUCCUGACGGACGCGUGCGCCCUGGCCAGCGACAAGUCUCGGGACCGCUUUUCACGCGAGCAAUUCAAGCUGGGCGUCAAGUGCAUGAGCACGAGUGCGUCGGCGCUGCUGGCCUGCGUGCGAGAGGUUAAGGUGGCGCCCAGCGAGCUGGCCCGCAGCCGCUGCGCACUCUUCAGCGGGCCCUUGGUGCAGGCCGUGGGCGCCCUGGUGGGCUUCGCCACCGAGCCGCAGUUCCUGGGUCGCGCGGCGGCCGUGAGCGCCGAGGGCAAGGCGGUGCAGACCGCCAUCCUGGGCGGCGCCAUGAGCGUGGUGUCUGCCUGCGUGCUUCUGACCCAGUGCCUCAGGGAUCUGGCGCAGCACCCCGACGGGGGCGCCAAGAUGUCGGACCACAGGGAGAGGCUGAGGAACUCGGCCUGCGCCGUGUCUGAAGGCUGCACCCUGCUAUCUCAGGCUUUAAGGGAGAGGUCUUCGCCCAGGACUUUACCGCCAGUGAAUUCCAAUUCUGUGAAUUAGCAUCCCCGGCCCCAUACCCAUUCUUCCACCCCCAGACUAAAGGAAGAUACUUAUCCUCUGCCCCUCUCCAUUUAUACCAAAGAAAUCAUAGGUGAAGUGCCCCCCACUCCCAACCCCCCCAUGCUGAAUGCUCGAGAGGAAUCUUCCAGAAGGCAGGGCCGUGCAUACGAUUUACACACGCACUUGGAGGGCCCUGGCGCCCACCAGCCCGUCCUCAGUAGGGACCGGGAGAUGGAAGAUGUGUCAUCUGCUGGUUGCGGUAUAAUUCCCACACCCCACCCCAGCUCCUCUUCUGGAAUUCCUCAACUAAAUUUUAUUCUUAAUUGGGCAGGAAGGAAGUCAUGGGUUCAUUUCUUUUUUGGUCUUUUUUUUCCCCUCUAAUUAAAAGAAAAGUUACCUCAGUUUUCACUCCUUAGACAUGGAUGUAGCUACUUUUUUGUAUAGUAUUUUUUUAAGCAAUCGUGUUGGGUUAGGUGUGUUCUUGGUGUGGAAAGAGUAUUACUUUGCCAUGUGAUUUGCAAAUGGGGGGAGGAGCUACUGUGAGUGUGUGUUUUAUUUUUUAAUUUACACUAUAGAGUGAUUUUCUUCCCCCAAUGUCAAGUUUUUACCUUGCAUGUACUGGAGUAUUUAUUUCAUCUAUUAAAAUGUUAUGUUUCUCAGA